GACGCCUAUCCCACAAACGGCUUGUAAAGGAUACUUGUGAUUUUGUUUCUGUGAUCCCUACACGUCCUAAAUUAACAAGCUCUCCACAUUUGCUCGGUUCCGUGUUACUAGCAGCGAAGGAUGCAGUGCCAAGCGCAGCUACAGCGCAGUACCAUUACUCUGAAGGGUUCAGCUCAAAUAGUCACACAGUACUUUGAGUAUGCAGUCCAAAGUAUCCUAUACCAGCGCGGUGUCUAUCCUUCGGAGGACUUUAAGCAAAAGAAGGAGUAUGGCAUCAUGCUCUGGGUCAGCAACGAUGAAAGCCUAAACAAGUAUCUCAGCACCAUUCUUUCACAGACUAAAGCAUGGCUCGAGACCGGUAAGCUUCGCCAGCUCGUCCUGGUCAUCACCGACGUCAACACGUCUGAGGUGCUGGAGCGCUGGACCUUUGACAUCGAGACGAACCAGGAGGUUGUUGCCGGCGGGAAGCCUCCGGAGAAGGCCGAGAGCGAGAUCAAGGGCGAGAUUGCCGGCAUUCUCCGCCAGAUCUGCGCAAGCGUCUCAUUCCUGCCUCUCCUGGACACGCGUUGCUCGAUCGACAUCCUGGUGUACACGGACAACAUUGACGAAGUUCCAACUGAGUGGGAGGAUAGUGACGCGCGCAAUAUUAAAAACGCUGAGGUCGUCAACCUGCGAGCCUUCAGCACGAAGGUGCACAACGUCAAAACCAUGGUGGCCUACAAGUCGGAGGACAUGCUGUGAGCCUAGGGUGUCCUGCGUGCUACAGCUUUGCCGCUGUGCUGCUUCUGCUGGUGUCCCAAGUGGUCUUGCUACACGGCACGCCUCAACGUACAGUCGGAGUUCCCCGUGUGUAGAGCAUGGAUGCGCGCUGCUGCUAUCGGCGGAUGCGCGAUCGCUGUAUCCUAUUCUGGUUAUAUAGUCAGCUACGUCUCUGUAGACUACGUAACAUCUCAACGACUUGGUGACAACAAAUGUAUGUGCAUUGACGUACAACCCAACCUGCAUUCGGACGCUAACUAUGUACUUAUCUACGCUUGGUGCAUGUGCUUCGUUUCUUGACAGGGCAACAAUAACAUUAUGACCCAAAUGCAAUGGAUGGCUUAAUGGCGAGGAGAGUAGCUGUGAUGAGCGCGGGGAGUGGGCAGUGAUGCUGGGUAUGCAGGUUCGUGCUGAGCUGCAAUGUGGGGUUGACAAUGCCGCUUACCAACAUGAGUAAACGGCGAAUUACUGCAAAUCUUUCGAAGAUUGCGCGACAUGGGAGGAUAGAAUCUCGCAGUCUUUGUUACUGCUUGUCCCACCCUGAGCUAAAUGUAAGGUUCCAUGAAAGAAA